UUUACAAUGAAUCGUCUACAUCAAACAAGGCAAUUAGGCAGCGACCAAACCCAUUCAACCAAAGCAGAAAGAACAAUAAAUAAACUGCCUUCGAAUCAUCAAUCACACUGCAACCCGACACCAAGCUAGAGUUUGAUCUCUCAUCAUUGUUCUGGGCUGGAUGGGGUUUCCAUUAAACAAGCCGCACGUCGCCGUCGUCCCGUCGAGGAUCGAUGUGCACGCCAUCUGCUGCAACUUGUACCACAUGAAUUGUCGUCAUCGGUAAGCAGAGGAUUCGGCCGGCCGACGUCACGCUGGCAGAAGUGGUUAAUUGGUUUCUUCUUAAUCAUUCUCACUCUCAAACACGAAUCAUCCGGGCAAUACGACGAGAGCUCAGCCAACUAUAUAUAUAUAAACAGUAAUCGAAACAGUAAACCAAUUUCAAUCGAUCCCUUCUCUGCCAUACCCAGAAAUUAAUUAAUGGAGAAUAUCAACCACCAGUUCCCGGCGGCAGAUUUCACAGACUUUCCACCAGACCUGCAGCUUUUCGACGAGGACUCCUUCCCGGAUUUCGGAAUCAUGGAUAUGGCGGAGCUUGAAUUCCUCUGCGGCUCUCAAGCGGAGGAAGAAGAAGACGAAGAGCGAGAGGAGGAAGAAGAAGAAGAAUUGAAAAGAUUGAGCUACGACAAUGAUCAGCAGCAGCAGCAGCAACCCUUUAAUCCCAGAGCAUGGUUCGACAUUCUCAAGCACCGCCUCUCCUCCUCCACCACCGCCAAAAGAAACCGCGACUCGGCUACCGCGGCGGCAGACGGCAGCAGGCAAUUGUGGACCAACGAAAUCAUAAAGCUGGCAGGGGCGAGAAUCAUACAAUCGAGAUCGUCAAUGCAGGGGAUUGAUGUCCCUUCGAUGCUCAACAACCCGUUUCACAUUUUCCCCCCUGCUUCCGACGACGGCGGCCUUACGCCAGAAGAAGCCAAGAACGUGGAGUUAAUGGAGUACCUCCUCGCCUGCGCCGAGAAAGUCGGGAAAAGGAGCUUCGACCGGGCCGCCGGCCUUCUCAGCAUCUGCGACCGCCUCGCUUCCCAAACCGGCAACCCGGUUCAGCGGGUCGGGUACUACUUCUGCAACGCCCUUCGCCAGAGGAUUGAAGGUCAGGAAACUCAAGCCGGCGGAAAAUAUAGGAAGCCGUUCGAUUCCGACACGGCGGUGACGCUACCGGACAAGAACGCUCUGGAGUUCCGAAACAGAGUGCCCUUCUACAACGCGUCCCAGCUCGCCGCCGUCCAGAUCAUGGUGGAGAACGUCGACGGGGAGAAGCGGAUCCACUUGAUCGAGCUCCGGAUGGGCUCGGGCCUCCCCGCGAUCGCCCUGAUGCAGGCCCUGUCGGGCCGACCCGACCCGAUCGAGCGGCUCCGGAUCACCGCCCUGGCGAACGACGCGGCAGAGGAGCAGUUCAUGGAAGCGUCGACGGGCCGGCGGCUGGCGGAUUUCGCCCGGGGGAUGGGCCUGCCGUUCUCCUUCAACGCGGUCCGGUUCUGCACGUUCCCCUCGGGGGCCCACAAGGACCAGCUGGACCUCGAGCCCAACGAGGCCGCGGUGGUGCUGUCCGAGUUCGCGCUCGGCCCAAUGAUCGGGAGGCCCAAGCGGCUGGAGGCGAUGAUGAAGCUGAUCCGGACCGUCCGCCCGCGCGUGAUGGUGGUGAUCGAGACGGAGGCGAACCACAACGCCCCCGAUUUCGGCCACCGGUUCGUCGAGGCGCUGUUCACCGUCGGCGGGUAUUUUGACUGCCUGGCGACGUGUAUGGAAGGGAACGAGGAGGCGAGGGCGGCGGUGGAGUCGUGGUAUUUGAACGACCGGAUUCGAAACGUCUUGGUGGCGGAAGGGGAGGAGAGGAUUAUUCGGGAUGUGAAGAUUAGGGUUUGGAGGAAGUACUUUGCCCGGUUCGGGAUGCUGGAGAUUCCGGUGAGAGGGCUGGCCUUGCAGCAUGCAAAUUUGGUGAUUCGCCGGUCGCCGUACGCGGGCUCGUGCUUGGUGGCGUUGGAUUACAAGAGCUUGAUGAUUGGGUGGAAGGAUGUGCCGUUGCUGUUUGUUUCUGCCUGGAAGUUCAUGAAGGCAAUACCGCACUAAGCAUUAGGAAGUUGUUGUAAUUUGAGCUUUAGAUUCCCAUGCCAAACUAGUAAUAGACAACCGCGCUGGGUUUUUGUUUUUGUCGUCAUUAACAUGGUGGCUAGUUAGUACGGGAGUGCAGUCCAAACAGUAUCAUGACAGUCGCAAUUAUGUUCCAAUGUCGAGCUAAUUAAGAACUCCAGUUACU